AGCCACUGACACGUACGAAUGCUUCAAUAAUUCCGAGGAAGGUGAAGCGAUAAUGCGAUACAUCCAAUCCAGGUUACGUUAGUAUUAAAACUGCUUUUUUAAUGUGCGCCUUUCUCUUCAAAUCACGCUUAAAGUGUGCGGUUUAUACACCAAUAGUCGGAAUACGAUGAGGUUUUCUAUGUUGAUCGGUCUGUUAAGGCCAAUCGGGCCGGUUGUUAUCGGGAUCUCUUUGGGAUUUACUCUGAGUUUGUUGAGUGUGAGCUGGAUAGAGGAAAGCUGUGAAAUAAACACUGUAGGAGAUGAAGGAAUGAUUUUAUCCCAGGAUGGAAAUCUGAAAGGAGCACGGAAACCCAACUCCAUCUCCACUGGAAGCGAUGGUGAAGAAGAUGAGGAGCAAGAUUUUCAGCCGAGAAUUAUCCCGUACAAACCAGUAAAACAGACUCAGCCCAAGAAACUUUUCAGGGCAAAAUACAUCAGCACAGAGCUGGGAAUUCGAGAGCGUCUUUUUGUGGGAAUACUUACCUCCAAAAGCACCAUCAACACUCUGGGUGUGGCCGUCAACCGCACCAUCAGCCAUCAUCUGGACAAUGUUGUCUUCUUCACCGGCACCCGAAGCCGCAAGACGCCCCAUGGCAUGUUUGUGGUCACCCACGGUGAUGAGCGCCUCAUCUGGAACAUGUUCCAAACCAUCAAGUACAUUCUAGAACACUACAUCACAGAGUACGAUUGGUUCUACCUCGCUCAGGAUGACACGUACACACAGGCAGAUCGGAUCAAGGCUCUGGUGGAUCACUUAAGUAUGGACCGGGUGCUCUACAUGGGCAGCCCGGAGGAGUUCAUAGGUGGUGAGAUGCAGGGGCAGUAUUGCUACGGGGGUUUCGGAUACCUGCUGUCUCGCAGUCUUUUGCUAAGGCUACAGCCCUUCCUGGAGAACUGCAGGAAUGACAUCCUCAGUGCCAGACAUGACGAAUGGCUUGGGCGAUGCAUCAUUGACUAUGCUGAUACCAACUGUGUGGAGGAAUUUGAGGGGAUGAAGUAUGACUAUUAUGAAAUGGGCAAAAAUUCUGACCCCAGUAAGGAAGAUAAUGAGGAUUUUAACAAUGCCCUGACCGUCCACCCAGUGUCUGAUCCUGAACAGAUGUACAGACUACACAAACACUUCACCGAGAUCGAGCUGCAGAAGACAUACCAGGAGAUUGAAAAACUGCAGGCUGAAAUAAAAAACGUGAGUCUGGUGGCUUUUGAGGGCAACCGUAGUGCCAUGUGGCCUGUUGGAAUUAAUCCUCCCUUCGAGCCCAAAACACGUUUUGAGGUUCUCCGGUGGGAUUACUUCACUGAGGAUGAGGUAUUUUCUUGCACUGAUGGGUCGCCGAAGUGCGAGCUCCGUGGAAUUGAUAAACUGGACGUAGCCGAUGUCAUCGAGACGGCUAUGGGUGAGCUGAACAAGAAGUACAAGCCUGUUCUACAUCUAAAGAAACAGCAACUAAUUAAUGGAUACAGGCGCUUUGACCCGACCAGAGGGAUGGAGUACACACUGGAUCUACAGCUGGAGGUGGUGAACCAGAAAGGACACAGUCGAUCCAUCACCAAAAGGGUGCACUUGGUGAGGCCACUUAGUCGCAUUGAGAUCAUCCCAAUGCCUUAUGUUACCGAGGCAACCAGGGUCCACAUCAUCUUACCUGUUACUCAUCAAGACAGAGAGCUUGUUCACCAGUUUUUGGAAGUGUACGCCCAAAAUGCCUUUGAGACCAGUGAAAAUGCAAUCUUAACGUUUCUUUUUAUCUACGAUCCAAUCGAGGCCCAGCAGGUCAACCAGAAUGACAUCUUUGCCAGCAUCAAAGCGCAAAUCAACGCCUAUGAGCACAGAUAUCCCACAGUUAAAGUCCCCUGGAUCAGCGUUAAAAGCGAAAGUCCCUCUCAAAUCAAGUUAAUGGACAUCAUCUCCAAGAAGCACCCGGUUGACACUCUGUUCUUUAUCGCCACUGUGCAAACCAACAUCAACUCUGAGUUCCUCAAUCGCUGUCGGAUGAACUCCAUUAACAACUGGCAGGUGUUUUUUCCCAUCCACUUCCAAUACUUCAAUCCCAGCAUCGCUUAUCAUAACCAGCCUCGUCCCAACACGGUUGAUCUGAUCAAGGAGACUGGUCACUUCGAUCGUAGCUCCUUCAACGAGGCGUGUUUUUACAACUCAGACUACAUGGCAGCACGGACACGCAUGUCCUCGGAUGUCCAGGAGAAUGAGGAGAUCCUGGAGAGCCUGGAUAUAUAUGACAUGUUCAUAAAAUACUCUAACCUGCACGUUUUCCGAGCGGUUGAGCCGGCCCUUCACGAGAAAUAUAGUUACCAGCCUUGUAAUCCACGUCUGAGUGAAGAUAUCUACCAGAGGUGUGUACAGAGCACCCUGGACAGCCUCGGAUCACGCUCUCAGCUCGCCAUGCUGUUGUUUGAACAAGAGCAGGGCAACAGUACUUAACACCAAAACUCAAAUAUUGAGCGAGUACUAGGAGGUGAUAACUCCUCCACCUCAUACAAUGGACUGAAACUUGAGUGGAAUUUGCUCUGAGUCAGAAAUACUUUUGGUACCAAAGAGCGGCUGAAGAGUUACAUUAUUGUUUAUAAUUGUUUUUUGUUUGAUUUGCAGCAACUCGCUUUGUCUUGGCUUUUAAACCAGACUGUUUAAAAGAUCACUCCCGUAACAUACCAUAACACAGUGCUUCCCAAUCCUGGUCCUCGGGGCCCCCCUGCCAGAAAGUUUUAGAUGUCUCCUUAUUUAAAACACCUUAUUUAAAACAUCUUUCCAAAAUGGUUAACAUGUCUCCCUAACAAGCUGAUGAGUUAAAUCAGGUGUGUUAAAUAAGGAGACAUCUAAAACUUUCCGGGAGGAGUGCCUCGAGGACCAGUAAUGGGAAGCACUGCCUUAACACAUCACUGUGCCUUUAAAGUCAACUCUUAUGCCGUGUUCUUGUUGUCAUAGAUGGUACACAUUUGCUUGUUUGUUUAAGUUAGCUAUUUUAUCUAUGUUAAAAAUGUUAAAAUUAAUGUAUAUUUAAUAUAGCAGGGUUAUUACGAGAGAGAAGGAACCAUAGCCAGAUUCUGUGUUAUUCCAGUGAGUUUGUUGUUUUUAUAAAGCGUUGUAAAUGCUUCAUACACAAUUUAUGAACCCUGUUAGUGUUAAAAAAGUACUUUUAAGAUACUAUUAAAAAGAAGAAAAAAAAUUGGGGGCCAAGUAACAAAUUUAUUUUGUAAACUUUUUUACAAAUAUUUUAACCAGGAUAGCUGUAUUAUUAAUUUAUGCUUUGUUGUGAUUUGUUUUGAACAUGGAUACCUUUACAAAUACAUGCACAUGUAAAUAUUUAUCAUUAAAACAGCCUCAAAGAGAUUUUUCAGAUGAAGCAAAGUUUUUUAAAGUCUUGCACUAAUAAUUUCAUCGGACAUCUGCCUUACGUCAAAAUUUUUUUAUGUUUCAGUAUACUUUUUGCACACAUUUUCACAAGAAAUAAGAAAUAAUUUAGGGUGAGUUACAUGGGUUUAGUUAGUUUCUGUGCUCAGGAGCUCAGUACCAGUGCAACACUUUACAGAUUUAGUCUGCUUAAAGCCUGCUGAGGGAAACAUCCCUAAUGAGUAUAAUGCUGAAUAAAACACUGUAAAAUAUUCCUUGUUGCACUUAACAUUUUUAAGUUUAAUAAAAAAAUGAUUCAUUCAAUUUACUCAAUUUUUAAGUGGUUGCUAUCAAUUUAUUUAAGCUACAUUUAAACAAAUGUUUUUUAUUUUAUUUUAUUUUACUAAUUUUUUGUUUAAAUGUAGCUUAAAUAAAUUGAUUGCAACCAUUUACCUUAAAAAAUGUAGUAAAUUGAAUGAAUCGUUUUUUCAGUGUAAAUGAAAAAAAAUGUUUACUUAAGCUAAUUCAACUUUAUUUUUAUAACUUAUAGCAAAUCAUCACAUGUCAAAAAUGAUGAAUGAAUUGUGAAGUUGAUUAAACUUAAAAAUUUAAGUGCUACAAGGAUUUUUACAGUGUAGGUUUCAAAUAUCUAAGAUGCACUCACCCGUUAUGUUUCACUACUCAUUUAAACACUUUUUCUGUGGCAACACUAUGGGCUGUAUACAGUUAGAUUAUUAAGAGAGAUGUUUGCUUGUUUGUGGUACAUGUGUUUACUAUAUUUAUGUUGUGUUAAGAGAUUUUAAUUUAAAUCAGUCAUAAAUGCAGUACACUGACUAGGAUAGUGUUAUUCAAUAUUACAAUGCUGGAGAUGAAAAAGUGCUGUGAAAUAGGUUUUAAAACUUGAUGUUUUGUAUCUUUAUAAAAACGAUACAUGCACAUUAUGAGAUUGAAUGCACAGAGUGUCACAGACUGAGCGCAGAUUGAAGCAGCUACUGGCCUUUAGGGGUCAGCAAAGGAUCAUGGGAUUUUGCCUGCUCUCCGAUGCUUUCACAGUACUGUUACUUAACCUCACCUUUGAUAUUUUCUUGAUGAAUAUUCUCUAUAAAUUUACUGUAUUUUGUUCUGAUAUUAUUGUACAAAUGUUUAAUAAAGACGUUGUAUGUUAUAGCUCAGAUAAA